AUGCUCACCGCACAUUACAACCAAAUUGGUGCCAUGUACACCGUGUCGCACGAGGUGGUCAACCGUGUCGCACUGCAACGAGAGGAGGACGGUCAGUGCGCCUACCACGUGGCAAAGUGCGACUAUCAGCUUGCGAUGAACCGUAUCUCCACUCGCCUGCCGCCCCCCGCGUUGCCUGAGAUUAAAGUAGUGGAGGAUAAUGAGUUCAGCACGUACUGCAGCAGCACCAUGGAGAGCAUGAGCGGCACAAAGAGAGGUGACGAGGACGACGACCCGGGAUACGCAGAGAUCGAAAGAGAACUCUAUAUGCGUGCCAUGAAGCGGUGCGAGAAAGACGCGCAAGGAGGGCCGUUGUGGAAGCGCGAGGUCCAUGAGCCGAUUGAGGUGUUUUUGCACCGUGAGGAACUCGCCCGUCGGGAUAUUGAAGAAGUCGAGCACGAGUUCUGCCGUAAACUGACGGAUCCAUUUAACAACCAUCCUUUUAUGCGGCGGCUCAAGCUCGUGCGGGACGAGCGCCGAGGACGCAAGGCCAUCGAGGACGUGUGGAUGAGUGAAUCGCUCCCAUUUCUCGAGCAGUGUUCCAUGAAGCAGGUGGAGUUCACAGAAGCCUUUUGGCGCCGCGCUUUCGGCAGACUGAAGAGAGCCCCGGGCACUGCACAGACACGUGCUUCACAAUUGCAGUCUGUCGAGCUCGACAUGAGGCUUUACCAACCGCUGCGCCACCACAGCGACACGAUACGGCGCGAGACCGAAUCAGAGGAGGAAAUUGCGUUUCGUUACUUGCAGUUGGGCGAGGCGGCACAGCGCGAUCUCGUUGCAAGAGGCAUCAUGCAUCGCAACAAGGAUACAGGUUUGCUGGACUCUGUGCUGCACCCCAUCUCGGCGGUCUACUACGAGCAGGUGGACUUCGCCUUCAGCGCGGAAUACCGUUACCUGGUGUCCUGUGAAGAGACGCAGCGGAUGGCGAUCAUCGACGCCGCUUUGUCCUCGUUGGAGGAGUUACGCACAUCAAUGAAAGUGACGUAG